AGGAGGGUAAAGGUCGCUCGGAGCAGCUAGGCGGGAGGCAGCCAGAACGGGACAGUCUCGCCACUGCAGCAGCCAUGGCGGAAGAUCCACAAAAGAAGCCUUCUCAGGCGCCCAUCAGCCCUGUAAAGAACUUCUUCGCAGGAGGCUUCGGGGGUGUCUGCUUGGUCUUCGUGGGGCACCCGUUAGACACUAUCAAGGUCAGGCUACAGACUCAGCCAAAACCUUUGCCAGGACAGUCUCUGAUCUACUCUGGGACUUUUGACUGCUUCAAAAAGACUCUUGUUCAAGAGGGAAUCCGAGGCUUGUACAAGGGGAUGGCAGCUCCUAUUGUUGGGGUGACCCCUAUGUUUGCCAUAUGUUUCUUUGGAUUUGGCUUGGGCAAAAAACUCCAACAGAGGACCCCUGACGACGUUCUGACGUAUCCCCAGCUGUUUGCAGCAGGCAUGUUAUCUGGGGUGUUCACCACUGCAAUCAUGGCUCCGGGAGAGAGGAUCAAGUGCCUUCUACAGAUCCAGGCAGCAUCAGGAGAAACUAAAUAUGGAGGGCCCUUGGACUGUGCCAAACAACUAUAUCGUGAGGCUGGAAUUCGAGGGGUAUAUAAAGGAACGGUGCUCACUCUCAUGAGAGAUGUUCCAGCCAGUGGGAUGUACUUCAUGACCUAUGAAUGGCUGAAAAAUAUUUUGACGCCUCAAGGGCAGAGUGUCAGUGACCUCAGUGUACCCAGGAUUCUCUUAGCUGGUGGCAUGGCAGGGAUCUUCAACUGGGCUGUUGGGAUCCCACCAGAUGUGUUGAAAUCCCGCUUCCAGACAGCUCCACCGGGGAAGUACCCCAAUGGCUUCCGAGACGUCCUGAGAGAGCUUGUCCGAGAGGAGGGGGUGAUGUCUCUGUACAAGGGAUUCACAGCCGUGAUGAUCAGGGCCUUCCCUGCCAAUGCUGCCUGUUUCCUUGGCUUUGAAGUUGCCAUGAAGUUCCUAAACUGGCUUGCGCCCAGUCUGUGAGGACCGGCAGAGUGUGUUCCAAAGGGAGCUCAGUGACCAGGAACUAGAAUGCAUCUAUCUCGGAGGAACAGGAUAGAAUGAUGAAACAAAAUAAGCGCUAGAAACAGCUAGUUUUCUACUAAUCUUUAUUGCCUUACUCACACCCUCUGGGUGGAGCUGUGUUGCCACCUGGAAUCUUGAACUGAAACUCUUCCCAUCCGGAGUUCAAGAGAAGUUCAAGACACAAAGCCUGCCUUCUGAACCCAAAGUUUCCACCGUGGGUAAUGCUGCUAAUAGGAAAACCUUAUUGCUAUUAAUGGGCAGCAAGGCCUGUUCCUGUUUGCCUCCUUGGGAAACACAAGGGGGAGGUGGGGAACAGCCACAGUGCACUUAAUUCUCAGGAUAGAACUUAAUAAUGGCUUGCCACCACUGUAAGAAGAGUAUUUUGCUUAGAUUUGCAUUUCUUGGGUACUGUCUGCCACCAGUGUUCGUGUGCAUGCUCCACUGAAAUGCAUGGGGGUAAUGUAGGAACACUUGUGCAAGUCCCUUUCCUCUCAAGGUGCUCUCACAUGGCACUUUCACGGUAGACACUGGCCAGAAGUCUCCGUUGGUUGCCUUGAUGUAUGUGGUCCACAAUCAAAUCGCAUGUCGAUGCUGCGUGGGGGGAGGGGGACUGUGCAUGUAAAUUUGAAUGUAGGGGCCUGGAGAGGGCAGAACCCAAGUGAAAUGUAGCUUGGGAGUCACUGAAUCCAGGGGGCUGAAUCAAUGAAGGGCUAUGAGCCCUGAAUUUAGAAUACGGUGACAAUCUCAAACAGGUGAACUAGAGAGGUAAAGGAGUAAUCAACUGGAUGUUUUUUUGCUGACUCCCAUGUUGAGUUGGAACGAGUGGUCAGUACAAAAAGUAUCUCCUCCCCGUUUCUCUAAAAUGAUCUUCCGGUAGGUGCUUUCUGGGUAACUAGAUGUAUUCCUGAGUCGCAACUUCAUAAGUGCCAUGUUAACCGCAUGGUGUGUUUGGGGUGUCAAAUGAGGAAUUCUGUUAUGGGCCGUAUCUAUGGCUGUAUAAUGAGGAUUUCAAAGUGAGGAGGGAUUUUAAAACUUGUUUCUAAGGCCGAAGAGGACUGAAUUGGGAUAAACUACCUUCAGAAUUAUUCUGUUUUCACUGCAGCUCUGCCUCAAGAGGACUUUAUCACGUAUAAUCUUUUUUUUUUACUGAAGCACAUCCAGAGCACAAAGCAUUGAGACAGAACUAUCAGUCUAUAAAAUGUUUCACUAGGAUGAAUUGAUAUCCUGGAUUUUUUUUAGGAUUCAAUAAAGUUUGCUGAU